CUUACCAGGUAUUUAAUGUGUGUUUUCAAAUUUGAAUUGCAGGUUCGGACCUUCUACACCGAGGUGUUGAAUGAGGAGGAGCGGGAGAGGCUUUGCAGUAACAUGGCUGGUGCCCUGAAAGGAGCCCAGCUCUUCAUCCAAAAGCGCAUGGUUGAGAACUUGAAGGCUGUCCAUCCAGACUAUGGAAACCGGGUUCAGAAUCUUCUCAACAAGUUCAAUGAUGAGGCCCAGCAGAACACACCCGUGCAUGUCUACAGCCGUCCAGGAGUCUCGGCCGUCGCCGCAUUCUCCAAGAUGUGAUGCCUUAAAUUUCCAGAAGGGGCAGCACCCUCAUGUAUCGCAGAGCAAAUGCACUUCUUGAUUAACAACUGCUACUAAGAGUAACGAGAUUGGA